GCUGCUUCAUCUUAUUUUCCUGCCUAAAAUUUUCCGGAUUCAACCUGAAAAUGAAUGAUCCACAUCACUUACUGGUUUCCUGAUAUUUUUCAUAGAUCAUAUGACGUUUCCAAGAAGUAAUUUUGUAAAUUUCCGCCACAUGUUGUAGACCUCAUUGAGUUCCAGCCGUUUGAAAAUCAGAAAGGGGUGCAUGUUAAUUUUCCUACUUCAUAGAAUUCAUUUGAAAUCUUCUGGGAAUUCUAAGACCCAAUCGGCAUGAGCUUCCGCGUAUCCCCCAAAUUUUAAGCUUGACGAAAUUUCCUAAUGCACUAUUCCUUUUGAUUCCUUACAUAUCUAGAAAAAUAAAUUCCGUGAAAAUCGUGGGAAGAAACGUCACUGCAAUUUUACCCUUUCAUUGAAGGUUUGAUGGAAAAAUCUUGGGCCUUCUCGCGCAUUUCUUUUAUAUUAUGAAUGGAUUAAAUCGUUUGUUUCAGUUUGGUUCCAGGUUUUUCGUUCCACUCUUUCUUGCAGUUUAAUUACAUUUUAUAUUUAUUUUUUUUAUUGUGCUUCUGUUUUUGUCUAAGCUCAUUUGGAGGCACAGCGCGCGAAGGGUAUCAAAAAUCACUAGUUAUCUGCAUCCAAUUACUAUCUGCGCAACGGUCACCAUGAGUUUGGAAGAUACUGUCAAGAAAAAUCUGAUCGAGAAACGGCGGAUUCUGGCGGCGCUGAACAGCUUCAAAAAUGUGCAAGAUUUGGAAGCCAAUACCAGCGAUUUGCAGGACAUAUCGCAGUUCGAAAUCAAGCGAGAACGUCUGCUGAAAGAUAAAGCGUUGAAAAGCAACGCGGUGAUCAAGCUGCGCAAGCUGCCUUCCGACUUGAAAUCGUUCAAAGCUCCGCCAGUGAUUCUAAAGCGAAAGUUGAUCACGAGGCGCAAAACCCUGAUGUCGGUCGGCAAAGAAAACCAAGUUUCUCGUCGCUCGUCGCGUUUGUCUUUGCAGCCAGCUGCCUUCAGUUACCGCGACCUGUUGGAUGAUGACGAUGAGGGUAAGCGGAGGAAGGUCAAGCGAAGACGGUCUGAUGACGACGAGCCCUGGUCUGGCAAGCAAAGGUCUUCGCAGUUGUCCCGCGGAGAACUGAAGCCGCUCAUCAAGCGGGAGAACAGCUAUGGGCCUAUUGAUGAUUUGCCUGUUGGAACGUGGUGGCAAACCCGAAUGGAAUGCUCCCGGGAUGGAAUUCACCGUCCGCCGGUUUCAGGGAUCGCCAGUGGGAAAGACGGAGCUUUCUCGAUUGCGUUGAGUGGUGGCUACCCUGACAAUGUGGAUGAAGGUGAUCGGUUUUGGUACACCGGAGAAGGCGGCCGUGAUUUAUCCGGAACGAAGUCCAAUCCGAAGAAUUUGCGGACUGCCCCGCAGUCGAAGGAUCAAGACUGGUCUCGCGGAAACAUGUCGUUGUAUCGCAGCUUCGAGACCAAAAAUCCAGUUCGCGUCGUUCGAGGUUUUUCCAAGAACAAAGACUUCACGUCGGAUUGGGCCCCUGAAAGUGGCUAUCGUUACGACGGACUGUAUCAGGUUACUGAGUGGAAAACGGAGAUUGGAAAAUCGGGUUUCAGCGUCUUCAAGUUCCGAUUCGAGCGCAUUUCUGGACAAGACCCCAUUAUGCUCUGAGAUGAUCCAGAAAAACGUUGACCUAAUGCUGAUAUUUCGAAUUGUUCAACUUUUUUUUAAAGACUUGAGAGCUUGCUAUGUAUUGUUCGCAAUUUAACGGAUCCUUGACGAUAAUUGUUUUUUUCCAAUGGGGUGAAAAAUCGCCACUUUUGUACCCUUUUUACCUGUUGGAUACUUGUUCGUUGGCUAGUGAAGAAAAAGAGAAUGCCUAACGUGUCGUUUGCUCGAGUCGUAUAGAUGUGCAACUGAAUAAUGGCUCCGAGGCUACGUUUAUCUUUCUGACAGAUUCUGUGAACGCGCAGAAAA